CUGAGUCCCGCCUCGAACCUUGACGAGCAUUUGCUUCGGAUCGCCUUCUUCUUCUUCUCGUCGUUCGUUCUUGUUACAUACGCUACCUUUGAGUGCUUGAAUGUCGGUCCCUGGUGCGGAGUCGAACGCCUCAGAUCCAAAUACUUCCAUCAAGACAUGGCUCUCGAAGAGGAACAGUGCGCGCGCGGCGGCCCAGCAGGCUUUCGCGGCGGAUCCGAAGUACAAGAAAUACACGCAGCAGGUGGAGCGUUGCCUGAACUCAUUCGAUAACGUGCACGAAUGGGCAGAUUGCAUUGCGUUUCUCAAGACGCUGCUCAAGACUUUCCAAUCGUAUAUGCAGUUCAAGGAGAUCCCUCGGAAACUGAUUGUCGCGAAACGCCUAUUACAGUGCUUGAACCCGGCGCUGCCAACGGGUGUGCACCAGCGGGCACUGGACGUGUACUCGCAUAUCCUCGCAGUGCUGGGGGCGGAGGGUCUCAAGCAGGAUCUGGCACUCUGGUCUUCUGGGCUCUUUCCGUUCUUCGAAUAUGCGGCGACGUCGGUAAAGCCUGCAUUAUUGAAUCUAUAUGACACGCACUACCUCCCGCUUCAAGCAGAUUUACGACCCAUCAUGAAAUCGUUCAUACUCGCACUGCUGCCGGGACUGGAAGAGGAGACGGGAGAGUUUUUCGAAAAGGUGAUGAGCUUGCUCGACCGACUAUCUGGCACAGUAUCUCCCGCGUUCUUCUUCCAAAACAUAUGGCUCGUCAUGUUGACAACGCCCGCGGCACGGGGGAAUGCGCUCAACCUACUCUCGCGCAGGCUGCCGCGUCUGAAUGCUGAAGAGGACAUUAGCUCCAUCAUUGGGCAGGACAUUGGUCUGAUGAUCCGGGCCUUCUCUGCGGCAUUAGAGGACGACAACUUGCUUGUGCGUCGGGGUGCGCUUGAUCUAUUGCUCCAGACGACGCGACUGGACAGCGUUGCUCUUCGAAAAGCGCAGGCGGACGACCGGGGUAUCUUGAUGCGAGCUGCGACGAGCGUCGUUCUCCGGCGCGACCUGAGUCUGAACCGACGGCUUUACACGUGGUUGCUGGGCCCAGACGAGCGUAGCGAGGUGCAGAUGGAGUAUUUGCGUCAGCACGGGCUGGAGCUGCUCAGGAGGACGCUUGAUGACGAAAUGCUGUCGCCGUCCGGAGAGUACGCUGACUCGCGACCGUUCAAGAUCUUCAUUUCAUUGCUGGACAAGUGGGAAAUCGGGGCGCCUCUGACGGAGAGUCUGGUGUUCGAUGCGUUCAAGGCCGUGAAGAGACUCGUAGAGGAGCCCGGAAACAGUGGCGAAGACGUCACGAUGACCGCCAGCACACUGUACGAAGCUGUCGAGCCCGCAGUUCUCUGGAAGCAGCUGCUUCGCCGUGUGUUCGACGAGAUCAACUCUGAAGACGGAAGCAAAACAGAGGCGAUCCGAAUGGUCCUGUUUAUCCUGCGGACAUUCUCGCAGGACGAUGAGAUCCAGACUAUUCAUCUCCCGAUCAUCUUCGCAGGACUGACGGAUCUGCUCGAUGCGCAACUCACCAAGGAUGUGGGCAGGAGUUUGACUCCGGCUGUGCGCGAAACGGUCAUUCUGCUGGAGGAGAUUCUACGGCAAAUUCCCCACACCACAUUGAUGGCACCGGUCGAAGGAGAGGGCGCCCGCCCGCAUUCAUUUGCUGCGUCUUUCUAUGGCUUUUCUGUCCCCGAGGCCACAACAUCGACAAAUUCUGCGAUGCCUGCACCAUUUGCCAGCUCAUUCGAAAACCUGAUCACGCUCAGUCGGAUGUGUUCGCGAUACCUGGUCGAUGGGAACCCGAGCAAUCCUGCGUUGCUGCGAGAGGUCGCGUCACAAGUGAUGCUGCUGCUCGAAAGACUGGUCAGUCGGCUCGAGUCCCCAUUGACAGCCGAGUGGGAACCGAGCGAGUGGCUGGCUGCAGUACUUGCUACUCUGGAUCACCCGCAAUGCAACUUCACUCUCGUGGACCGGUCCAUCUCGUUAAUCGUCGUUCUGCAGCAACACUCGCCUCAGCUGGUCGUGGACGAGCGUCGCACGAUGGGGGUCAUGGUGAAACGUCUGCUCAAGUACCUGCGCCCAGACUUGACGGUAUAUCACGUGAGGGCGGUAGCGUUGAUUUGGGCGUUGCAGGGCAUCACGCAUCGGAAGUCACAUGUGGAGUCCGUUUUGGCGGAGAAACUUACGGCCAGGCAACCACUGGAAGCGUUCGAGGCAUUUGGCGUGCUUUGGAGGUUGACGGAGGAUUCGUUCCUGCCUGGGUUCCGGUUCAAGAUGCCGAUGAUGAUUGUGUUGGAUUCGCUCAAGUCAGAGGAUGUGUCUCUGAGGAGGGUCGGCGAGACCUGGAUGCGCUGCAGUCUGCGGUCCUAUCUUCGCGUUCUAGACCCGAUCCUCUUCGAUUUGCUCGACCCAGCGAUUCAACGGACAGCGUACACACACCGGGUCAAGGGCAAGGAAAUCCAGGGGUAUAUGUAUGAGCGGUCUUUUGAUCAACACUACGCGGGACACUUGUUGGACUUGUUACUUGCGAUCGUGCGCUUUGGUGGACAGGGCUUCUCCAAGACUGCUCGUGGGUCGCUUAUCAAAGGCGAGCUGCUUCUCAGCCGGGUCGAUGGCCAAGGCUCCUAUCUGGAUGCUCUGGUUGACGUACUAUUACGCUUCCUCCAAUCAGAGCCCAAAGAAAACCAUGAAACGUCAAUGCUCGCAAACAACUUGGCCAUUCAGUCAACUACUGUCGAUUUACUCCAGGCUAUUGUGGCCAGGGGUGAGGUCGAUCCUGUCACGGUCGAAGUGAUCCAAGCAGUCGUCGUGGGGAAGCUGUAUCUGUGUAUCCACAGCGGAAAGCUGGAUUUGCAGAACAAGCUCUUGCAUCUACUCCAUUCCUUGAUCUCAGCAUCCGCGGCUGAGAAGCCGGGCAAUGCCGAGUCGUCCUCCUCGGCGUCUGACACGGACGCUACCCCUCAUACGGUCGCGAACACAUUGCUCAUCCAGGCGCUCGUGGAUGGGCUCUCGACGCCGGAGAACCGGCCCGUGCUGCAGCACUGGCUGGACUUCGUGCUGAUGGCCGUGCAGCUGUUCCAGCCAGCGCUGCAGAAUGUGGUGACUCCGCUCAACGAAACGCUGUGUAAACAAAUACUAGCGAACCUCGGCGACUUGCUGACGGUUACAUUCGCGGAUGGAUUGUUCGGGGACGAUCUGAAAUCGACUGCGACGGAUGCUGAACUGGGGAUGUUGCUGGGGGGACUCGAGCGAUUGGUGUUGUUGAGUCUGGCGUUCCCAACUGAGAGCGGUGGGGCAGGAAGUGCCGGUGGCGGUGUCGAGGACGAUACUGUCGAGAACAGCAGCGGCCUAUUGGGCUAUGUGUCGACCGUUUUCAGCUCUGACACAGCGCCGCCUGUCUCGGAUGAACAACAGUUGACUGCUAGAUCGGCAGGAUAUCGCUCCUUGCACGAGGCCGUCCGAGUCUUGUAUCUCGUGUGGUCGACACUGGCUUGGGAGGAGCGAAGCACGUGGUCAUCCAAGGACGAAACCCUCGAACUCAUCUACUCGCGAACCAGGCUGAGGUGUAGACGGGUCCUCGAGCAUCUCUUCAGAGUACAGAGUGCAGAGGUGUUCGAGUCGAUCAUUGAUUACUGGAAUCGAGAGUUGCCGGAAUCGCAACUGCCUUAUGAGCAAGCUUUUGAGCUUGUUGACGUUCUCAUUUCAAGUGCGCAGGGUGUGGUGCAUAUGGUCUGUGAGAGCAUCACCAUCCGGAUGACCGGUGUCUCUGAGAAGACGAAGAAACAAGCCAUCAAUCCUGACUUAACGGAUGCAGUCCUCUUCAAGUUCUUGGAACAAUAUCUCGCCCGUCUCGAAGGUCCGAUCGCACUGCAGGUCUGGCCGAGAUAUCUGCAACUGGUCAAAGAUGUAUCAGGGAGCACGAGGGAAUACAAGCCCCAGACGUACCCUGCAUUGCGUUGCUUGACUGUUCUUGCGGAGAAAAUCACGCAGACCACGGCGAUGGAAGACCGACGGAACCGGAAGGAGCUACAAGAGACGUUCGGCCGGCUGCUGGACUCGUGUGUGAUGUUCAUCGGGCGCGACCAAGGUUCCUGGAUCCGCCGGAGUGUGAAAGAGAAUGGGCGGGACUCGCCUGCGCCAGAUAAGGACAAGGAGAAGGAGAAAGAGAAGGAAAAGGAGAAAGCGAUGGUUCCAACGACCGCUUCGGAGGAGGUCUUUGUGCAGAUCAACGGAUUCAUUGCAGGAACGGCAAUGCCCAAUCUACGGAGGUUCCUGAUGGACAACGACAAGGUCGUGGCGGCGUGCACGAACGUCGUGUAUUACAUUGUGGGGCCUGCAAUGAAGGGCAAGAACACUCGGCCGUUGGACAUCGACCCUGUGAUUGUCAGUAUCAUCCGUGAGAUGACACGGAUCCCCGCCGCGCUCAAGACAUGGAAGCCGGCCGUCGCAGAACUGCUUAACGACAACCGGCUGUUCAAUUGCACACCAGACAGCGCGGAAAAGUGGAAGCCAAUCGUGAAGACGCUGUUCGAUCAGGACAAGACAGCGUUCCCUGAGCUGCUCACGAAGGUGGCCACUGCUCCAUCUGCGAACAUCUUUACCAACAGGGAAUACGAGAUGCUCCUGCGGUCACUCAACAUCAGACGGUUGUCGUUUGUGCUGCUGACGGGGGACAAGAACUUUUUCCUGACACAGCUGCCUUCAAUCCAGGAAAAGCUGGUUGACAUUUUCCGCAAUGUGACAGCACCGAUUGUGCAGAGCGAAGUCUAUCUGUGCAUCAGGGUGUUGUUGAUUCGCCUGUCGAGACAUAAUCUGACAUCGUUCUGGCCGGUGUUGUUAACGGAGAUGUACCGGGUCUUUGAGCAGUUGAUGACGAAUCUGCCUAGCGAUGGGUCGGAGGAUCUGCAGCUGGUGUUGGCGGCAAGCAAGUGUCUGGAUCUGCUGAUCACCUUGCAGUCGGAGGAGUUCCAAAUUCACCAGUGGAUCUUCAUCACAGACACCGUCGAUGCUAUUUACCGGCCAGACGGGUGUUUCCCAGAAGCGAUGAUGGAUCAUCUCGCUGAGAUCGUCAGCAGCCUGCCCGCCGACACGUCCUCGACAUUUCCCGUGACACCAGCAACGCCGCAUGCAGCGAUGACAACCGCAGCGGCGCGGCCGAUGCGUCGCCCGCUGCUCAACGGUGUGCGCCAGCUCGAGAGCAUGCGCGAUUUGGUGCCGUUUUUGACCGGCGUCAGCAUUGCCUCGUACGAGAGCGUCUAUGCGAGUGCCGGCAGCGUCGAUUGGGCCAGUGUCGAGGCAGGGAUCUUGGAGGAUGUAUUUGAUGGCAGGUAGUCCGUGUCUGCAUAUACCACAAUUUUAGCAUACCAGUUAUAUAUAGCAACUUGAAAAGUACUUUAUUCAGAACACGAUUCGUUCUCUA